UUCCAUAUUCUUCUGAAAAUAAGCAAAAACACAAAAACAAAAACAAAAAUAUUAACGACAUGCUUUUGUAGACAACAAAACAAAGAGUAUGAUACCUUUUUAAUUCAACCCAAUUCAUCUCUCUCUAUAUCUUCACAAUUAAAAAAAAAUUACACACAGAGAACAGAGAAAAAUCUUGAAGAACUUUUUUUUUUGUUUAUUUGGGAAAGUUGUUGUUAUGGUUUUUGUGGGUUUUUGAUGAAUUUAAAAACCCAGAAAGGAAUUUGUAGUACUUUGUGUUGUUUGUGAGUUGUUGUCAAAUUUGUGUGUUUUUUUGGGUACUUGUGCUCUGUUUUUCUUUUUGGUGAUUCUUAAACUUUGUUCUAAGAACUUUUUGUUUUGAUUUUUUGUGAGUGUUUUUGAUGAAUUAAGUUACCCAAAAAGGAUUUCUUGAAUCUUUGUGUUGUUUGUGAGUUGUUGUUUUUUUGGCAAAUUUGUGUUUUUUUGGGUCUUGAACUUUUUUGGGGAUUUUGUUGUGUUUUUUCUAUGGGUUUUUGAUGAAUUUAAUUACCCAGAAAGGAAUUCUUAAAUCUUUGUGUUGUUUGUGAGUUUUUUUUUUUUGCCAAAUUUGUGUUUUUUGGGUACUUGUGGUGAUUCUUGAACUUAUUUUAUGAGUUCUUGUGUUGCUUUUUGUGGGUUUUUGAUGAACUGAAUAACCCAGAAAGGAAUUCUUGGUUCUUUGUGUUGUUUGUGAGUUCUUGCCCAAUUUGUCAUUUUUUUUUGGGAACUUGUGCCAAGAUUUGUCUUUUUUGUUCAUGUUUGUUGGCAUUUGUGUCAUCAAGUUUUGAGUUUUUUUGAUAUCAAGAAUCACCACAAUGUUACAAGAUGAUGGUUCAUCAUCAGUGACUUCAUCAUCACCACUUCAAAAUUUCCCAAUGAUGUCAAUUUCACCUAGUUUUGUUGGUGGUGGUUCACCAUAUCAAUGGCUUAAAGAUUUGAAAUCUGAGGAUAGAGGUUUAUAUCUGAUUCACCUUUUGCUUACUUGUGCUAAUCAUGUAGCUAAUGGUAAUCUUGAAAAUGCUAACAUUGCACUUGAUCAAAUCUCCUAUCUUGCAUCUCCUAAUGGAGAUACAAUGCAACGAAUCGCCUCGUAUUUCGCUGAGUCACUUGCUGAUAGGAUAUUGAGAUCUUGGAAUGGGAUUUACAAGGCGUUGAAUUCGACUAAGUUGAGGGUUGUAUCUGAGGAUAUACUUGUUAAGAAGAUGUUUUUCGAGUACUUUCCGUUCUUGAAAGUAGCUUCUGUGAUCGCUAAUCAAGCGAUCAUAGAAGCUAUGGAAGGUGAAAAAAUGGUUCACAUUGUUGAUCUUAAUGCUUCCGAGCCUUUACAGUGGCGUGCGCUCCUUCAGGAUUUGAGCGCACGCCCUGAAGGGCCCCCGCAUUUGAGGAUUACGGGGGUCCAUCAACAAAAACAAGUGUUGGAACAAAUAGCACAUGUUCUAACAGAGGAAGCUGAAAAGCUUGAUAUCCCUUUUCAGUUUCAUCAAGUAGUUAGUAAAUUGGAGAAUCUUGAUAUCGAAAAGCUACGAGUUAAAACCGGGGAGGCGUUAGCGAUUAGCUCGGUUAUGCAAUUGCAUACACUUCUUGCACAUGAUGAUGAACCCCAAAAGAAAUCCCCUUUGGGUUUUAAGCAUUUGAAUGGUGUUCAUUUGCAAAGGGCAAUACUAAACCAAAACACUCUAGGGGAUUUGCUCGAAAACGAGAUGAUGACUAAUAAUGUUUUUAGUCCGGGCAACGAAUCAGCAUCCUCAUCUCCGUUAUCAUCGAGUGCAUCAACAAAGAUGGACGGGUUCCUCCACGCGUUGUGGGGGUUGUCACCAAAGGUCAUGGUGGUUACAGAACAAGACUCGAAUCAUAAUGGUACAACCCUUAUGGAAAGGCUAUCCGAGUCGUUGUAUUUCUAUGCUGCAUUGUUUGAUUGUCUCGAGUUCACACUACAGAGAACAUCGUUAGAGAGGUUAAAGGUCGAGAAAAUGAUGUUUGGCGAGGAGAUUAAGAACAUUGUAGCGUGUGAGGGAGGUGAACGUAAGGAGAGACACGAAAAGUUGGAUAAAUGGUUUCAAAGACUCGAUGGAGCUGGUUUCACGAACGUGCCUUUGAGUUAUUACGCGAUGUUGCAAGCAAGGAGAUUGUUGCAGAGUUAUAGUUGUGAAGGAUACAAGAUUAAAGACGAGAAUGGUAGCGUGGUGAUCUGUUGGCAUGAUCGCGCGCUCUUCUCAGUCUCAGCUUGGAGAUGCAGGAGGUGAAAAGUAAGAAAAGUUUACAAAUAACAAAGGGAUUUUACUCGAGAAGUUGAACUCCGAAAAACACGUUUAGUUCAUCUUGCUAUUUUCCCUUUGUAAAGGUACUUUUUGUGAAGUGAAAACUCAAACUCUCAUGGAGAUUGUAAUCUUUUCUAAUUUGCCCUAUCUUGAGGAUGUUAGGGUGGUGACUUUCUUUCAUUUUUGUUAUAUAAAGUUCAUAAUUUUGUGUAUGAUUUUAGUUCCAUAAGAAGACCUAAAGCAUUUUCAUUA